CAUUGCGGUCUCGUCGGAAGAUGAAUGAAAAGUGCCCGCGCAAAAUUCUCGUUCUACUUUGUCUAUUUUUAACACAACAACUUGGCCAAUGCCACACCACGAGCGAAACGGCGAAAGUGCGCACGGGUCGCCUGGUAUCGCGUCUUUAUCGUCGACAACUUACCGAUAUGCUUAAUAUACUCGACGGGGAUAUCGAUCCGUGUGAAGAUUUCUUUACGCACGCCUGCGGUGACUAUGCCAAAGCAAUGCGUGGUGAAUUGCGAUCGAGUGAAGAAGCGAAUGUGGAUGGCAAUACCGCAUCAAAUACAGUAUCACCAUUUUUAUAUAACUACGAGGAUCGUAUGAAUUUCUUUGAAAGCAGGAGGACAAAUUUUGCCACACCUUCUGGUCAACUGCUUGGCGCCCUCUACGCUUCUUGCAAGAAACGUAAUCGGUCGCCACUUACUCAGUGGCGUCGCAUGUUGCGAGAAAUUUCCUUACUCGCAGAGAACGCGCGUCUCUAUCUGGAAUGGCCGUUGCUGCGACAUGAGUGGGAAGACUUGGAAGCACAGCAUUUUUACUUAGAUUGGAUGCAGUUGGCCGCAGAUUUGGCAGCACAUGGUGUGUUCAAUUUUUUACAUAUCUUCUUCGCUGAGGGCACAAUUUUUAUAGCGCCAGUGAGCACGCAGGAUAUACGUUGUGAAUCGCUAUAUGAAUGGCAAGUACAAUUGCUGCCCUUCCGACGUAAACGUAGCAAGCAAGCGUUGCAGGUGAUUGCCAGUGAGCUGCAUACAUUUUGUCGUGAGCUGAUUGGUAAACUACCUCUUGACCCUGAAUUGCAUGCUGAAAAUUAUACUCGCAACGAGAGCCAGGAAGAUGCCUUUGAUUUGUUCUCUUACAACGUGCUUGGCAAAUACCUGCAAAUGCUUUUCGAACGCCUUCGGUUUAGUCAUAAAGAGGUGACGGAGGCGCGUGUAAUAUUAAUCGAAGAAGCGCGUUUGCGUGAUAUUGUUGCACUCGUACGCUCCACACAUCCAAGUGUACUUUUUAAUUUCGUCUUAUGGCAAGUUUAUGCAACACUCCGGUAUGAAGAUUGCUUCAUGCUCACUGAAGAGUUUGAGGAAUUACUUUUGUCAGAAUACUGGAAUUGGGAUGUAUUUAAUGAGCAUUUCACUCGCAAAGUUGCCUUGGCCACUUAUCUUUAUCACACCACACGCUUUCAGGACCGACGACGUGCGGUGCUCUUGGGUGAACAGUGGGAUCGUUUUUUGUAUGUGAAGUUACAACGCAGUGAUUUCAAUUUGCCGCGGCUAUUAGCCACCUAUGCUAAAACUAGCUUAGAUCCGGCCAACCUUACAGUUAUUUAUGAGGCUGAUAAAUUGGUUGAAGGGGAUUUCUAUGGAAAUUUACUCGCUUUGCGUCGCCUGCAGCUAAGAAACACAUUCUAUACUGCCUUCAUUGAUCGGGAGGAUUACAAUCAUCCCAUCUACUUUUUGCGUCAUUUUCUUCAUUUCACCAUUUUGACAAUGCAACGUCCACUUUUUCACUACUUCGCCACCCUUGGUUUCGAUUUGUGGCACAAACCAGAUUUGCUCUACAGUUCAGAUGGUUACUAUACGGCUUUGGAUUGUCUGGAACAUCAAUCGUUGUUAAAUUUUGACGAUACGGCUAUGCUUCAAGUGCUGGAUGAAUCACAAGUCACUGAGACUUUUCGAUUUUACCGUGCCUUCAUUGAAUCCUUGAAGGAUUAUGAAUUCUGGUUGGAGGGUGAGUCUUUUGCAUUCGCAGAGCAGUAUGCGCUGGAAUAUUUUGGUUUGACUUCAAAGCGGAUUCUAUUCUAUGCUGUGGCACAAUUGCAUUGUGGACGAAAUGAUGUAUGGUAUGGGUUGUUGAUCAAUCGGAGCUUCAUGAAUAUGCCCCAGUUCGAAGCGGCCUUCGAGUGCGAUGCGGAGGUACAUAUGAAUCCGCAGGUCAAGUGUAUGAUCAAUCACUGUGAAUGAGGAGCGAUAUGUAGAUCUAGUAAAGAGGCGUUAACCGCUACAUAAAAAAAUUAGCUGAAUAUAUUAAGAAUAAAAUUAAUGUAUAAAUAAUAAGGGAUGUGUUGUUUGUGUGGAUGAAAACAGUGCAGCGAAAAAUCCUCAUGAUACGAGUGCUCACAAAUCUAAAAGUAAAUUAUCGAUUUUGAGGUUUUAGUCCUUGACUUAAAUGAAAUUGUGAAGUUUUAAAGAAUGCCGAAAGCCAAAAACUGUUAAAAAUAGAAUAAUAAACCCUUCUUAUUCAUAUUUUAUACAUAUCGCUUACCAUACAUAUUUUCAAAUAUCACUGUACGAUAGUACCAAAGGCGACGGAACUGGUCUGCAUC